AUGGCCUAUGGCCAGUCCACUGAGGACAACUGCAGGGAGCUCCUGCGCAUGCAUCGGGCAUGCGAGGAGUGGGCAGCACGGCACGGGGCGGUCUUUGCCCUCCAGAAGUAUGAGCUAAUGCACUUCACACGGGCGCGCAACCAAUUCAACCUACAGGCUGAGCUGAGACUGCCAGGACAAACUAUACAACCGAAACAGGUGAUGAGGGUAUUGGGUGUAUGUGGCAGGGGCAUACAAAAGAACCCCAACAAGCACACUGGAAGCGGAAACCCACACAGUACCCUUAGACAUCCACCUGGAUGGGCUAGUGGCAAAGGCGGUCAACAGGAUGAAGGCCUCAGGAAUGGCGCAACAAAUUGA